UUUCUCUUUACAAGUUACAAUGGAAAUUGAGAUUGUCUUUUUUUGUGGAGUUGUAGACUAAACUUGUAAUCGUAAUCAAUGUAAUAUAAAAAAUAAAUAUAAAUAAACUUGUAUAUUUCAAGAAGUAAACAGUGUAAUUAAAAUUCAAAAUUGGUGAAUACGAUUACAUUUUCUAUGAUUAAGAGAUAUUGAACCAGCGACAAUGUAAAUGUCUUCUCGUGAAUCAUCUCCCUUACUCUAUCUGUGAUAAAAAUGAAGAAAUGGCACAAACUUUGGAUGGUGAUGUGCCGAUUGAAUGUUGUGAAAGUAUAGCCGAAGUAAGCGAUUCGAAAAUAAAAUCAGAAGUGAUCGAUCACAGUUAUGAUGAAUUUUCUAGUCAACCCGACGUCGCUGUUCAUGUCGAAAAUGAAUGUAACAUCGCGAAUUUCGUCGAAGUGGAAAACAUCAAGUCCGAGUAUUCGGAUGAUUUCGAUAUCCAAGAAGUAGAAAUUAUCGCCGAAGAUGUCGACAAUUCUGGUUUGUUUUACGCGUAUCAGGAGGACAUCGAAACUACGAGUAACGAAGACGUUAAUAUCCCAGUGCACGCCAUCAAACAAGAAGAAUACAACCACAAAUCUUCACCCGAACCAAACACCUGCAACAGACUUGAUAAUUUUAGUUUAAGUUCCGACCAUUCGUACACUUGCCAUAAAUUCGAUAUACCCGUCGGUAAUGCGAGUAAAAAUAAAACCAAAGACAGCGCCGUUCACUUCUACGAGAAAUUUUGCGGCGAUGCGGAAAUUUCGGACGUAAAUUCGGCCGAUUUCAGCUACGGCGACAAUAUAAAAGAGAAUAACUUGGAGGUUUCCGAAAUAGUGUACGUCAAGGCGGAAAAUGGAGUCGAUAAUAUUCAAGAAAUAACGUUGUUAGUCAAACCUGAAAAUGACGACAAAUUAUUAGAUUUUCAAAAUACCUAUAAAGUGAUUGCAAAUGGUGAUAAUCAAGUAAUCGAAUCUUCGUUCAAAGAUAUAGGUAUUCAAAAAAUUGCAUCGGGUAAUGCUGAACAGACCACCGUCUUUCCUUUAAAUUAUAAAAUGUUCAGUAAUAUCGAAAUCGUAUCUGACAACGAUAAAACCGCUAAUUGUGGUUCGACUCACGAAAGUGAAUUUGUCGAUUGUGAUGUUUCAACUAGUAGAUACGUGUCAUUGAACACCGGCGAUUUAUCAGAUAGCAGACCUCCGUAUUCUUACAGCCAACUGAUUGUACAAGCCAUAGGGUCUUCAAAGGAGAAACAGCUCACCUUAAAUGGAAUUUAUUCCUAUAUUACCGAUAAUUAUAAGUUCUACAGAGAAACCGACGAAAAAGGAUGGAAAAACAGUAUCCGACACAACUUAUCGUUAAACCCACAUUUUUACCACGUUCCACGUUUACCACUUCCUAAUGAAUUAUCUCGUAAAGGCGGAUAUUGGCGGAUUGACCCUCUCUACGAGAAUAGAUUGGUUCGAGAAGCGUUCUCAAAAAAGAAGAAAGGUUACGAGAGUAAAAAAGUAGUUAAAUACAUCGGUGUUAACAAACGGAAAACACUCAAGUUGCCGUCAUAGUCUUAGUGUAAAUAUUUAAUUCAUUUAUUAAGUUCCCAAUUGUUGCGAUUAUGAAUAAUUCGUUACCACGAUCGAGCGAUGUAAAAAUAAGUCUUGAAGAUGUACAAUUUCGCUAAUUAUUUCGUCGAGUCCUACGUUUGAGACUUGAAUCCUAUUAUUUUUUUUCACCUACACCUUAGACAUUGUUUCUUACAUUGCACAACUUGCAUAUUGAAUUUCAAUAAUGUAAGUGAUGAUCUCAGUUUCAUAAAUCGUUGAUCUUGUAAAUUUUCUUCUUUUUUUUCGAAUUACCUAUAUAUUAUUCAUGUUGAUAUGAGAAUUCACACAUAAGUAUUGUGUUUACUUUAAUAUAUAUGUUUAAAUUGA